AAUAUGAUGUUUACAAGUACUCGAACUUUCGUACCGUGAUUGGUAAAUAUUAUUCCAAUUACGUCAGUUAGUUCGAUGUGUACCAUUACCUCGGAUAUGAGAAAGAUGGAAUCGGGUGAUAAAUUCAACUGUGCUGUCAGAAUUAAAAGCGAACCUUCUGAUGUGUCAUUUACUGAGGAAGAUGGACGAAAAAUUUUUGACGAGACACUUCAUACUGAAAAUCAGGCUCGAGUGCUUCAAAAAUUCGAUGAGAAUCAUGAUUAUGGAGGUGACGACAUGCAAAUCGAGUUCGAAUGCUCAGACAUGAAGCAGAGCAAGGAUUUAUUAGUAGUAGUGAAGAAAAUAGAAGAUUAUCCUCAGAAUUAUUUGCAGAAUGUGACAUAUAGCGAUGAUUAUCAAACUCAGAGCAAAAUAAAGUUAGAACCUGUAGAGACGAUAAAGGAAGAAAUUUAUAACGAUGAAGUAGCACAAUUGAAUUUAGACCGUGAAUUGAGCGAGAAAAACAAGAAAAGAGUCACGAAAAAGUUAGACUAUAAAUGUGAUACGUGUGGAAAAAUAUAUAAACAAAAAAGUUCUCUAAAAAAUCACGUUAAUUCAGUGCACAAUAAAAUUACUCAUGCAUGUGAUCAAUGUGAUAAGUCAUUUGCUCAUAAGGGGCAUCUCAAAAGGCAUAUCAAAUCGUCGCAUAUUGGUGUCACACAUGCAUGUAAUAAAUGUGAUAAGUCAUUUACUCAAAAGGCAUAUCUCAAAUUUCACAUCGAUGCAGUGCAUAAUGGUGUUACUCAUACAUGUGAUGAAUGUGGCAAGUCAUUUGUUAAUAAGCUGAAUCUCAAAAAGCAUAUCGAAUCGUCGCAUAUUGGUGUCACACAUGCAUGUAAUAAAUGUGAUAAGUCAUUUACUUCAAAGUCAUAUCUCAAAAUUCACAUCGGUGCAGUGCAUACUGGUGUCACUCAUACAUGUGAUGAAUGUGGCAAGUCAUUUGUUCACAAGACGAAUCUCAAAAGGCAUAUCCAAUCGUCGCAUAUUGGUGUUAAACACGCAUGUAAUAAAUGUGAUAAGUCAUUUACUCAAAAGGCAUAUCUCAAAUUUCACAUCGAUGCAGUGCAUAAUGGUAUCACAUAUACAUGCGAUAAAUGCAAAAAGAAGUAUAUAUCUCCACAUGAUCUCAAGGCACAUGUCAAGAAGUCGCAUAAUAUUAACAUCCUUUCGUGCGAGACUUGCGGAAAAGUAUUUGGACAAAAAAGAAGUCUCAAAGCUCACAUCGAUGUAGCGCAUCGUUAACGCAUUAUUAUCAAAUUAAUGCAAAAAAUUUCUGUUGAUUUGUGUCAUAAACUCUGAUCUAUGACGUAGUGUGUUUUGUAAAAGACUGCUGAAAAAAUCUUCAUGUAUUAUGUAUCUUAAGUUCUUCCUAUAUUAUGUGUUAUUUCGCUAAAGCUGUACUGAAAGAUAAAAACAAUGUCCACAAAUUAAACAAAAAAUAAAAGCAAAUCAAUUUUUUUUC